AUGGACGAUCAAGCUGCCAAAGGACUCAGAGUAACGAAUAUGAUAUCAAUAGCCGUUGUGCUGGUGCUCAUUAUCAUUAUGGGAGUGUUGUAUACACUUUUUGAACUCUUCUUGGCAAUUUACAUUCUUGAGAUCAUAAUGGUAAUUCUCAAUAUUGGUUACUUAUUCUUGCCUUCUGUUCAUGCUGCAUUCAAUAGAUUAAAGGCCUUCUUAAUCUAUCUCCCAUGCCUGCUUAUGCUGAUCUUAACAACUGUGGAAUUCUUUAGACUGUUCGUAUCCUGGAUUAGAUACCCUGGCUCAUACAAUGUAGGCACCUAGAUUGUAUGCUUGAUUACACUCGUCACAGAAUUCGCUCAUAACUUUACAUACGCACUAUAUGCAAGAAAAUGUGCUGCCGUCUGA